CGUCCGUCGCCCGCCAACCAGCAAACGCAGCAACGCCGCCGAGCCGCUUGGAUGUCGCCUUCACCGACCGCCCCUCCUUCCCCUGUCGCACAGUAGAUUCGGCCGAACCAGGGCAGCGGCUAUCUCCCUUCGAUUUAAAAUAGUAGUUCUUCAAUCUCGAGGUAGGGAUUUGGAUUAAGAGGGCCAGCCUGGAGGACGUUGACGCAUGAUGCCGUGGAUGAUAAGAGAGUGUCUCGUGAAGCUUCUCCUGAGAAAUUCCAUAUUGAUUCAAUUUAUGUUUCUCGCCAAUGUACUCGAGAGAGAAGUGUCCAAGAGGGUACCAGCAGUGCCAGAGGCGUUUUCGCAGAUUUUUGUUCUUCGUUCAGUAGCAAAAAGCAGGGCAAGAGCUUCUGCCAAUCGGCGCAGGUAGCAGAGGGCUACUAGAUCAAUAGAAACUAUAUAAUGCCUCGUAAGAUUGCAAAGCGUCAGCGAUUGUCAAGAUAUAGACCGUUUGGUUUCUCUCCAUUUGCUCAAUAUGUGGCCCAACUUACCUCAUAUAACAAUGUCAAGCACAAGAUUUCUAAUGGACUGCAGGAAAAGAUAUUGUCCAACCCAUCAGGUAGUGGGGUUCUAAAUCAGACACCAGGAGGCAAGAACAACCUGCAUUCUGAUUCCUCCGAUGAGGAAGAGUUUGAAGGUACUACUGUCCAAGCAGACUUUGAGUUCUUUGAUCCAAAGCCUGAUGACUUUCACGGAGUGAAGCUUCUCCUGCAGACCUAUCUCGACGAUAAACAGUGGGAUUUGAGUGGUUUCGUUGACUUAAUCUUGGGACAACCCACUGUAGGGACUGUUGUUAAAAUAGCUGACGAUGAAGAUGAGGGAAUUUACUCUGUUAUCAGUGCCCUUAACUUGGGAAGAUAUAAGGCAAGUAAGUGUAUAGCGGAGCUGAAAAAUCUCCUCCUUAAAGCAUGCCAAGACCCUAAUGUGCACGCCAAAUUGAGCUCUCUGCUUGAAGAGCAAUCUAAGGAUGCCGGGCUCUUAGUUUCCCAACGUGUAGCAAAUCUUCCACCCCAACUUUUGCCACCCCUUUAUGGUGCACUCUUUGAUGAAAUCUCUUGGGCUACAGAAGAUGAGCCAACAGAAGAGCUUCGGAAAUCUUUUUGCUUCAAGUCUUAUCUAGUGGUCACUAAAAUAUACAAGCAUAAGAAUGCAGAUAAAAAAGGGGUGCCAAGAAAAAGCAUAGACGAUGCUAUAAUAUAUGUGAAGCCUGAGGAGGAAAUCUUUCAUGAGCUAAGCUCUUGGUCAUUCACUUUUCCCGUGCACUCUCAGCUAGUCAGAGACAAUGAGCUAAAAGAUUACCGGAUGAGCGGUUUGGUGAUGGCAGUGGAAGCUAGCAGAAUAUCAAAAUUCCAGUCACAGUUACAGUCUCUAAUAGACGAUAAUUCAUGAUUUCCAUCUACAUUUCUCUAUAAGCUUUUAUGUUUUCUCUCCAGUUUGCUUGAUUAACACUAAGCUCCCUCUUCACUUAAGAGCAAACAUAAGUGGUUUGAUUAUCUGUAACUUGUAAGUGGUGAAGAAUUCCACCAAUUUUGAUCUCUGUAUUUGGAUGCUUAGAAAUGCAAUUUGCAACAUUGCUAAAUUUGUUAAUCUCAAUGUCUCGUUUUAUAUGUUGAAUGCUAUUUUUAUGUCCUAGAUUGACAUGUGAAAGUUGGAACGAUAUUUGACUUCAUGUGAGCGAAUAUAAAUUUUGUGCCAUA